AUGGCGGAGCAAGAAGACGUGCUAAGGUCGCUAUUAGACGCGGCUGUCGAGCGUCCCUCCCAUUUGGUCUUUAUCCAUUCCUAUCAGCACGAGGUGCUUGAAAAAUGUAAGAACGGUGAGCUGCCACUUAAGCGUGUGGCCAGCCAAAUCCUGGCCCAAUGCUACCGUUCGCAGUAUCGCAGCUCUGAGAGGCAUUUGCGUGCUCUACUGGCCGAUAUCUGCCUCCAAGUGCCCCAUUUUCCAGAGAUUUUUGCUCAUGUGCUGCUUGUCAAGUGUCCAGGACUCGUGGCGUCGUUCGCCAGCGCGCGCGUCAUCGCGCUGCGUCUCUCGGGUGUCGUGCUCGAUGCAGUGCUGACGAUCAAGACGUUGCCAGAUGCUACGGGGCUCAUAGAGCUACUGACGUCGCAGAGUCGUCUGCUGGAGGCGACUAUCGACGACUCCGAACGCUGCCAGCAACAGGCGCGUAAGGCGGUGCUCAAAUUGCUCAAGAAACAUGGCAAAAAGUUGCUACCGAUGUAUGUAGAUGUGGUAGCAGCGGUGGCGCCUGAGGAACAGUAUUAUCAGCUGUGGCUAGUGCUGAGCACUAGCAAGUUACUGGACGAGGAGAUGCAGGAGAUGCUAUGGGGGAGAUAUGCUUUCUGGGCUUUUGAAAGUAAGAAACGUUCAUUUGCGCCUUUGUACAAGGACGACGCCAGGUUCAAGACACUUAGUUACGAGCAAUUCGAGCAGCUGAUCCUACCGUCCAUGGCGAAAAUGCUCAAGAAAACACCCGACACGGUGAUUGAAGCGGUGGGGGCGCUCGUUCAGGCUGCGCCUUUAGACUUUGGACGAUAUGUGAGCGGUGUGUUCCAGUCCGUGUUGAUUGCGAAAAUGCGCGCGCCUAAGGAUGAUGUUCGCGCACUUGCAGUGACGCUUGGAGGUGUGCUGGCUCGCUCGUUUCGUCAGAGUGAACAUAUGCUGCAGUUUGUAGCUAUGAUGAGCGCCUUGCUGGAAGGCAAACACGGUAUUCUUGCCCAGUUUUACCAGCGUGAAGCCGGUUUUGCUGUGCUUAAUGAUGCUGCUGAUGCCGCGACGGUGCAGUUGGAUGCGUCGGCAGUUCAGAACAUUGCUCCAUUAGUGAUUGCGUCUCUGCUUAAGACUGUAAGCAAGGAGGCACACGAACAGACACGUCAUCUCGGAUUGUUGGCGCUAGGAAAGUGGCUUGCGCUAGCCGGUACCGACGAACUGGAUGCUGCCACUGUGACUGGACUGAAGAGCGGCUUCAAGAACAAGCCUGAACCAGUGGUGGCUGGUUACCUUCGUGCUCUGGCAGUGCUAUGCCGCUCUAGGGCCACUGCAGCUGUGGCUUUUGCUGACGAAGUUGUUGGGGUCAUUAAGGACUCGAACAAGAAACCUAAUGUAGUACAUCUCGACGGUGUGUUAGCUAUUGGUAUCGCAGGUGCGAUUGCGUCUGCUACCAGUGAGAUGGAUGCUAAAAUGGCUCAGGAAGGUGUUGCGAAACUGGUGUUGAGCACCACGUCCUUUGUUGGAAACAGCGUUAGAGAGUUGUUGAGAACUGUGGCGAGUACGUCCCGUCAGGGAAUUGUGCCUGAGGCCCCGGAGGUUUCAGCGCUGGCUGCGUUAUCUCGUGCGCUAGUGUGGGUCUUGGCAUCACAGCAGGAAGAUGCUAGCGAGGCUUACUUACUGUUGGUAGAGCUACUAUGCUCUACUAGCCUCUCUGUGCGCCAGAGUGCUGAAUUCGCCGUAGAGACUGCGUACCUGGCAUCCUUGGAGCAUUGUGCGGGCUUUGUAGCUGCGUUCGAGAAGAAGAUCGAUGCGUUGUCUGCUGAAAAUGACCCUACUAUUCCACCUGCAGGCGUGCUUCGUCAUGCGCUGCGCGUGCUCGUUCCAGCUACUAUUAGUGGUGCAGAAGAUACGAAGGUGCACACAUUUGCUCUUACCCUUUUCCUCGCGCACCACCCAUUGCUCGUUGCAGGCACCAAGGCGAAGGCGUUUGCGCGCGAGUGGCAGUCCAUUCGUCGCCGUUUCCUGGCGCCUAGCACUACUACUAAUACCAAUGAUGAGGACAGUAAUGAUGAUGAUGAACCAAUCUGUGAUGCGGAUCUUGUAGAUAACUUCAUUGAAGAGCACAAAGAAGUCAAAACAGCAGUUGCCGACCUGCUCGCCAAUGCGUCUACUGGCAAGCUAUAUUCGGCAAGCUCACUGCAGCGGUUAGCUGCUCAACGAGCGUUGGCUACCCUGCUCGACUUCGCUGGUAAUGGUGAGGGUGAAGAUCUUGUGCUGCACGAUAUUAUCGAAGAGCUGCUGGCUAAGCGUCUGGACGGUGAAAACAUUGACGCUCUCAGUGAAGAGGAUUUCGCAAUCUGUCUGACUCCCUUUGAUGAGCUGUAUCAGCAUAAGAAAGAAGACGAGGAUGAGGAAGCCGCCACCCGCAGCAAUCGUGGUGGCCGUCGUGGCAAUGAAGACGAGCAAUGGGAGCAAGAAAUGCGUGAGGAAUUGGCUCGCAAGAAACGGGCCGAAGAAAGUGGUCAGAAGAAGGUGUAUACAGCUGAGCAGAUGGCUUUAUUGGAGCAGCAACAGGAAGUGCGCCGGAGAGUACAAGAGACGCGCCGUGUUGUGUCUGCUGUGCUAGAGACCGUUAAUAUGCUUGCAGUCACUCGGCCAGAAGAACUUCACCCUACUCUGCCGUACUUGCUUCACUCAGUGCGGGUAUUAUUCACGUGCCCACUUUUUGAGAUUGAGGCAUCCGAUGCGCUCCUGGCCAUGGCAAAGGCCGUCUGCCCGAAGCAGCUUCGGUCGAACUACCAAGACGUUGGCAGUGCCCUGCGCGUCGCUCUAGAGCUGAACCUGUUCACAUCGGAUAAGGCGAAGACUGCUCGUAUCGCAGAGAUGCAAGCGGUGUUUUUGCGUCUGUUGGCAGAAUCCAUGGAGUAUGUGUUUGGUUUUCAGUUUGAAAGUGAGACGGACUUUGAUGCGGAUUCUCCAUGCAAUUUGAUUCCUCCACCGACGCUACACUUGCUCUUUCCAGUGCUACGUGACUUGCUGCGCUUCGCACCAGACCUGCGCCGGUGGGCUCUACCUCUCUUUGCAGUUCACGCACGGAUGAUCCCUGACGAAGAGGAAGAAGAAGUUGAUGAUGUCGCGACCCAGCGGAUGCUGCGUCGCGAUAUGUUACAGCUAACUUUGCUGCUGCUAUCCCAGCAGGUAACGGGCAGUGGGUUGCCCAUUACUAACUCUGACUUGGCUCCGGGUAAAUUGCUAACUUCUCUUUGCAUGGGACCCGAACUCACAACGUCUGAGUGGGCGCCUUUGCUUGGCGAUGAUGGUCUGCUCUCUGAGGAGGCAAGUGCCCGUAGUGAGGUCCUGACUGCGCUACUCAAUGUCGCUUUGAGCGACGAAGGUGGCGAGGAGUUCCGUAACGCCAAACCUAGUUCGCUAGUGAUUAGCCGGUUGUAUUGCUGCUGGUUCGAUGCGGAGGAAAAGAACCGUACACUUGCGAAGCAGAUAUGGGAUGCCACAGGAGCUACAGUCACGGCGCUGUUCGCGGGCCCGCUGCUCGUAUUGCUGAAUCACGCUCACGCAAGUGUGCGUGAAAGGGCCUCUCUUGCUCUUGCUGAUGGCAUGCGUCAGUUCCCGAAGUCGGUGACACCCCUGCUGAAUAAUUUAAAGACACAGUUUUUGAGCAAUCAGCCGAAGCCUCUGGAGCAAAAAGAUGAGUUUGGUAUACCAACUGUUCGCCACCCUGGUACACAUGCUGCAGAACUGGACGAAGACAUUCGUACAAUGUGCCCUCGUCUUGGCGUUGCCUUGUGUUUGGAGAAAGCCGCGGAGAUUGCUGGCCCCGAAGCAAUGUCCAACACAAACACCAUAACCCUGUUGACGUUUGUAAUGGAGCAUGGUUUGGGGGAUUCAAACUCCAAGGUGCGUGCGCAGAUGCGCAAGACUGGUGUGCAAGCUGUGGCUUCGUUGGGUGGAGGGGCCAAUACUGCACAGCUGCUGGAUAUGUUUGAACGUUUUCUUGAGACCACCGCUCCCGCCGUUACUUCUACGGUCAAAAGCAGCACCGGAAAGACGCCUAAGGCUGGAACUCACCUUGCUUUUCAGGAAGACGAUAUGUAUGAGCAAAGGAAGCAGGCAUUGUCUAUUUAUGAUUAUCAGCGUGAGGGUGUCGUGGUGUGUUUGGGCUCCCUCGCCAAACAUAUGGCUCCGACGGACCCGAAGGUGUCUUCUAUUGUGGACUCACUUCUUGAAGCUCUGGAUAUUCCGUCCGAGUCGGUGCAGCGCUCUGUCGCUACGUGUCUGUCGCCGCUCAUGGGUGCAGUAAAGAACCGCAGUACGAGUAUCUUGGACGAUCUACUGAAGCGUGUUACUGAAGGCGAAACUUUUGGCAAGCGCAUGGGUGCAGCAUUUGGUGUUUCGGCUGUUGUUAAAGGACUUGGAAUCUCUGCCCUCAAGAUUCACAACAUAAUCCCGCGGCUUGAAGAAACAAUGAGGACGAGUAGUGCUAACGCUCGCCAAGGCGCUAUGCUUGUUUUUGAAUGCUUGAGCCAGCGUCUCGGAUUGCUAUUCGAACCGUAUAUUAUUGUCAUCCUGCCUAUUAUGCUCAAGUGCUCCGCCGAUGCCAGCCCGCAAGUACGUGAGGCGGCAAGCCAUACUGCUAAGGGUAUUAUGGCCAACCUGUCAGCACACGGCGUGAAGCUGGUGUUGCCAUCGCUUCUGGGUGCUCUUGAAGAAAGUGCGUGGCGUACGAAGCAAUCCGGUAUUCAGAUCUUGGGUUCGAUGGCGUACUGUGCCCCGCGACAACUAGGUUCCUGUUUGCCUCAGGUGGUGCCCAAGUUAAUGGCUGCAUUGACGGACUCACACCCAAAGGUGCGCGAGGCUGGUAAGAGUGCGCUGCGCGACGUGGGCUCCGUGGUGCGCAAUCCUGAAAUUGCCACGAUCUCCAAGGUGUUGCUUGAUGCUCUUGAAGACCCUAACCGACACACAGCUGAAGCUCUUCAGCAACUUCAGUCAACAUCGUUCCAGCAUUCGAUCGAUGCACCGUCACUGGCCCUUGUGAUGCCUAUCAUCACUCGUGGCCUGAAGGAUCGCGCGGGUGAUGCUAAGAAGAAGGCUGCUCUUAUUGUUGGUAGUAUGUGCUCCAUGAUCAACGAUGCCAAAGACCUGCUACCUUACAUGGAGACGGUGCUACCUAGUCUAAAGAUGCAACUCACGGACCCAAUUCCAGAGGUGCGUGCCGUGGCCGCUAAGGCUCUGGGGAAGCUUGUCAAGGGUCUUGGUGAGCGCCACUUCGCGGAUAUGCUGACAUGGCUUCUUGAAGCCAUGAAGAACGAUGAGGUUGGCCCUGUCGAGCGUUCAGGAGCUGCACAAGGUUUGUGUGAAGUCGUGGUUGCCCUUGGUAUUGAGCGCGUGGAGCACAUCAUGCGAGAUGACAUUUUGCCGUUGGCUCGCCAUCCGAGGUACUCGGUGCGUGAGGGUGUGUUGUGGGUUAUGGCUUUCUUACCGCCAGCUCUUGGCAAGCAGUUUUCAAUGUUUCUUCGUGAGGCACUGCCUAUCGUGGUAGCGGGUCUUAGCGAUGAAGCCGAGUCUGUGCGUGAUGUUGCCAUGCACUCGGGUCACGUCGUGGUUAACGCGCACGCUCUAUCGCACACGCGCGACCUGCUACCAAGUCUGGAGGCUGGUCUGUUUGAUGAUAGCUGGCGUAUCCGCCAGAGCUCGGUCAUGUUGCUCGGUGAUCUCAUGUACCGUAUUAGUGGCACGCGCGUUGUUGCUAUUGUUAGCGAAGACAACGACGAUGACGAUGAGACGUCUGGCAGCGCUGCGGGUGAUCGUGCCAUUAUCAAGCUCCUUGGUAUUCAACGCCGCAACGCAAUACUGGCUUCACUGUACAUGAUUCGUUCGGACACUUCAGCUGUGGUUCGCCAGAGCGCGCUGCAGGUUUGGAAGAGUGUGGUUGCCAACACGCCCAAGACUCUGCGCCAGAUUCUGGAGGCGCUCAUGAACGCCAUUGUGUCGGCGCUCUCGGGUGACAACAUGGAGAAGCAAACAAUGGCGGGUCGUACGCUUGGAGAAAUUGUGCGCAAGCUCGGCGAGCACGUACUUCCUGAGGUGGUGCCCAUCCUGCGUGCCGGUUUGUCGCCUUCACUGCCAACUGGCCGUCGACUGGGUGCUUGUAUCGGUCUGGCUGAAGUCAUUGAUUGUUGCACAAAGAAACAACUCGAAGACUAUGUGGACACACUUAUUGAUGCUAUCUUGGAUGGCGUUUGUGAUGAACUGGCGGAGGUUCGUGCCUCGGCUGCGCAAGCAUUCAAUGUGCUACAUAAGGGCAUUGGUUACCGCGCUAUAGAUGAAACUGUUCCAAUGGUGUUGGAACGCAUCCACUCGUCACCGUCAGCGGAGGAACAAGAGCGUGCGCUUCUAGGACUGCAGGAAAUUCUGCGUGUGAAAUCACGCGAAGUGCUUCCGUAUCUGAUUCCGCGUCUACUAGUGACGCCGAUGACUACCUCAGCGGCACGUGCUAUGUCGCGCGUGGCCCAGGCUACGGGUGCUAUAAUCCACUUUCAACUAGAGCGAAUCUUUGCUACCUUCUUUGCGCAGUACGUAGAGUUGCUGGAAGAUGGCAGCUUGGAUACUUCAAAGACAGAACUUGCCGCAGAAAUCAAGAGCUCAUUGCGCGAUGUGGUACUCGGUGUGGAAGCACCAGGUGUGCACUGGCUGGCUAUCGAACUUUGCAAAUACUGCGAGUAUGAAGGCAUGGUCGAACGUGCUUUGGCUUUCGAGCUUGUAGCCGAAUUCUGCUCGCACUCGUCAGUGCUGUAUGAUGACCAGGCGCCACUGUUCCUCAAGCAAAUCGUGCUGCACUUAAAUGACCAAAGCGAUCUGGUAGUUCGGGCCGCCUCUGCGGCAUUCAAGGGCAUGAACGUGACCACGAGGCCGGAACAGUUUGCGCAGCACUUGGACUUCAUUCGCCAGUCAAUCAAUUCGAUGGUCAGUGAUGCCCGUCACCGCAAGGGUGGUGUUGGUGACGGUGAGUACUUGCUGCCGGGUCUGUGUAUUCCUAAGGGCCUUGAACCAUUCCUGCCUAGCUACCAGUGGGCUUUGAUGAACGGCUCACCGGAGCUGCGCCAAAGCGCGGCUGCUGGCCUUGGCGAGCUUGUGGAGCUAAGUACCGCAACUGCUAUUCGUCCAUACCUGAUUAAGCUCACGGGCCCGCUCAUUCGUAUCGCUGGUGACCGUUUCCCAGGUCACGUGAAGGCUGCAAUCCUGCAAACUCUGGAGAUCAUUUUGACAAAAGGUGGCGUAGCACUUAAGCCGUUCUUUCCGCAGCUGCAAACUACAUUCGUUAAGGCUCUUAACGACACUGCUGUGGAUGUGCGAAAUUGCGGCGCGUCAGCGUUAAGCCUUCUCGUCACGCUCAGCCCGCGUGUAGAGCCUCUCCUAGCAGAGCUUACCGAGCGCUUACGCACCACGACUGGUGGCGUACGUGAGGCCAACCUCGAGGCUGUAGCCUUGGUGGUAGAGCGUGUCGGAGACAAACUGUCAGCUGCUGGCCGCAGCACCCUCGAGAGUGCACUCGAGGAGAUGCUGGAGUCGAGUGAAGAUGCACUGCGCGACGGUGCCAGCAAGUGUCUCGCUUCCUGCGUAGCUUCCACCGCAAGCAACGACGUGGAGGUGGCGCAGAAGCAGCUGUUGGACUAUAGUUUGUCAAAUGUGUCCGCAGAUAACCUGCAGGUGUUGCCGUGGCAGCGCCGCCAGAGUGCAGCUGUGUUUACAGCGUUGGCGUUGCACAACUAUGCGGCACUGCUUACUCCAGACAUCACAGCUCCACUGACUUCCACGCUUCUUACAUUGGCUCAGGAUGAACAGACUGCUGUACGCAACCAUGCGCUAAAGGCUAUUGGUAUAGUAAUAAAGCACCAGGAGCGCGUGGACAAUGUUGCCGCUCUAGUGCGCGUGCUGGCGGAGAAUGUGACAAACAAGAGCAAGGACGUCAUCCGUGGCGCCCUGUACGCGGUGAAACUGGCUGCUAAGCGCUCACCGGAGCAAAUGCGUGAUCACUUAUCAGAGCUUGUUCCUGCCGUCUUCCAGCUUAUCAAGAGCAACAACAUGGCUGUGAAGCUGCCUGCUGAGCGAACACUGCUUUACCUGCUCGAGGUGCAUUCCCGACCAGAGACACUGGCAGAAUAUCUGCGCAGUAGUAGUGCCGACGCCAAGAUCAUUGGCGAGUACUCGCGUCGUGUGUUAAGCAAGCUCAAGGCCGACAGCGGCGAAGAAAGCGACUAG